ACCCUCUCAACGAUGCUUAUGAAACUGCAAGUCUUUUCUCUAAUGUAAUCCAUUUUUGUGCCCCACAUUAUAUGCAUUUGGUUCUUUAUCUUUCAAUCAUUUGUUAGAAUUGUAGAUAUUAAGAUAGAUUGAUUAGCUGAUUUGUUUCUCUCUUUUCCUUUUAUUUGUUGAAAUUUCUUGGUUAAUGCCAAAAUCCAAAAUACUUCACAAUAUAAAGAACAAAGGUAAAGGAAAAAGAUAAAUAGAAGAAUAGCCCCAUUUUGAAAAAUUCACCUCCCAAAUGCUCUGCAAUUCUCCAAGGUUUUGAAUUAGGAAGUAUGUCUUUGCUGUUUGGUAAAAUUAUUGUGUGAGGAAUUGUAUUGUUGUAGAAUAAUACUUGCUUGAGUGGCACACAACUGAAUUUUGAUAUGGCAACUUGUGGGUCACAAUCUCUUAUUGUUUCUGAUGCCGGAAGCUCGAGGGGGGUGUUGACUGUUCUUGGAAGAAGACUCCCAAUAGAGAGUCAAUUGGGUAGAGUGAAUUCCAUCAGGGUUUUUGAUGAAAGGAAUGGUUCAUGGGUGAAUAACCACAAAAUGGUAGUAUCGUGUUCGGCCAAGUUCAUGUGUUCGUCUAACUCACACAGUAUAAGUAGAUCUAAUAACAAUGACCAGUUUCUUAAUCUCCACCCUGAAAUUUCAUUGCUUAGAGGGGGUGAUGUGAAUAGCCCAAGGAAUAAUGGUCCGAGCGAAAGUGUGAUGGAUAGCUUGAGAGAACCAUCCAAGGGCAACAAUUAUAAUGAAGCUACGAUAAAAGUUAUUGGAGUAGGGGGCGGUGGUUCAAAUGCUGUUAAUCGAAUGAUAGAGAGUUCCAUGAAAGGUGUUGAGUUUUGGAUUGUUAAUACGGAUAUUCAGGCAAUGAGAAUGUCUCCUAUUUACCCAGAGAACCACUUGCAAAUUGGUCAAGAGCUCACUCGAGGUCUAGGAGCUGGAGGUAACCCGGAGAUAGGAAUGAAUGCAGCUAAAGAAAGCAAAGAAGUAAUAGAAGAGGCUCUUCAUGGCUCGGACAUGGUCUUUGUGACGGCUGGCAUGGGUGGUGGCACUGGAACUGGUGCAGCACCUGUAAUUGCAGGGAUUGCAAAGUCAAUGGGUAUCUUGACUGUUGGCAUCGUGACAACCCCAUUCUCUUUCGAGGGGAGGAGGAGGGCAGUUCAGGCGCAAGAAGGAACUGCUGCAUUGAGAGAGAACGUUGACACUCUCAUCGUCAUUCCAAAUGACAAAUUAUUGACUGCAGUCUCCCCAAACACACCUGUUACAGAAGCUUUUAACCUAGCUGAUGAUAUAUUACGUCAGGGUGUUCGGGGCAUCUCUGAUAUCAUCACGAUUCCUGGUCUUGUGAAUGUGGAUUUUGCGGAUGUGCGUGCAAUAAUGGCAGAUGCUGGCUCUUCAUUGAUGGGGAUAGGAACUGCCACUGGUAAAACCCGGGCAAGAGAUGCUGCCCUCAACGCCAUCCAGUCUCCACUACUAGAUAUUGGCAUAGAACGAGCCACUGGAAUUGUGUGGAAUAUAACUGGUGGAACUGAUUUAACUCUAUUUGAGGUCAAUGCUGCAGCAGAAGUUAUAUAUGAUCUAGUAGAUCCAACAGCCAAUCUUAUAUUUGGAGCCGUGAUAGACCCGUCACUUAGUGGUCAGGUCAGCAUAACUCUAAUAGCAACCGGAUUCAAACGUCAGGAAGAUGGUGAGAGCAUGCCAGUCCAGGUAAGUCAGCAAACACAGGCAGAUGUUGGCUACGGUUUUAACAGACGGCCAUCUUUCAACGAAAGUAGCUCAGUGGAGAUCCCGGAGUUUUUGAGGAAGAAAGGGCGAUCACGUUAUCCUAGAGCAUGAUUCAUACAUCAAGCUCGAUUAAUCUGUAAUCCUCGAAAUACUUCUCUAUUCAAUCUAGAUAUAUAGUUUCUUUUUGUAGGUAGAACGAUUACUCCUUCGUUUGCUGGUUUCUAGCUCGUACAUAACGGCCAUUUCCUUGUUUGAGUUUUAGGGUUUUGAAAUAAUGUAGCUUUACGUUCUUAUGUAUAUCUUGAAAAGUUCAAUUCGUUGCGCUUGCUGUGAACUGUGAUAAAUAGGAAAAUAUAAAAUUAUACCA